GAUUCGUAGUUAAGUUAACCAUCUUUACUGCAUGUGAGUAAAACAAUCACAGAAUGAGGACGGCGCAACUUUUACUCUUCUUUCUACUGGUGUGUCAAACUACAGAGCGUUUAACUGAUAAACUGGUGAAUUUAGGGCAAAACGUGACUUUAGACUGUCAGAUUGGUGUAAAAGAAAUGUAUUGGGUUUUCCAGAAACUCUCAGAUUCUCCAGUGCCGAUACUGCGAACUUUCACAUCAGACUCUACAUCAUCUAAUGCACAAGACCAAAGACUGAAAGACAAAUAUUCAUCACUAACUUUGAGCCGUUUAUUUAUUAGUAACGUAACUAUCAAUGAAUUAGGAAUAUAUUAUUGUGUAAAAACAGGCUCAUUUCUACAGCUCAGUGAGGGCAUCAGACUUUACAUCACUGAAUCUAUCCAAGAUCAAAAUCAAACAGAAUACAACAAUCAUACACAAUCACAAUGUGAAACAACUCCCAAGAUUCACAAGAUUCUGACUGUUACAUCCUUCCUAUUCAACAUUUUGCUGAUCAUUGCAAUAGGUCUGUUAAUGUUCAAACUUAAGAAGCCAAGAAAAAGUCGACAUCAACCCCAGAAUGUCGAAACAGUACCACUUGAGGACUUAAACACUGCACAGUAUUCUGAAAUCGAGUUGCCCACAUAUUCCAGAAGAGAAAAUCCCAUUCAGAUAAACGGCACUUAUGUACUUCUUCAGAAGCCAAAGCCGCAUCCUAGAUCAACACAAGCAGAAAUCAUCACAUCUUGCAACCUACAAAGUUAUAAUGAGGUAGUCUGACACCUUCUGUGGGUGUAUCCUUUUCGGUAGGAUUAAGUUUUAUAACGGUCAAUGUGUUUCCGUCACUGUUUGAAUGAAAUCAUGUUAUUUACUUAUUUAUAAAAUACAUAAUUUGGAUGUGUGUUGCUACCAAGUACGUCAGACAUGUUAACAGAUCAAUCUUGAUUAAUGUGGUUACAGUUUACAGUAAGGUUCAAUGCAUUAACAUUAAAUUACAAUGGACAAUACUUAUUAAUCCUGGUUAAUGUUAAUUCAUGUUAACAAACAUUAUUAUGAAGUAUAUUAUUUAUGUUUGAUUGUAUUGAUUUUAUUUUAUGUGGUUAACCAUGCUGGUUUAGGAUGAUUUAGUUGGUCCCCAGACUGGCCAAGCUGGUGUUUAGCUGGUCUCCCAAAUCUGACCAGCUGACAAGUACCCAAAACGCAUCAAAAACCAUCAAAUUAGGUCAGAAAACCACUUUUCCCUAGUGGACGUUCUUGAAUCAAAGUGCAAAAACAUUAAUUAUGGUACAACGUCGAACAAAAAGUACAAGAUAGCAAGAAAAAAACAUGGUCUAGAGAUGUGUUGUGCAACACUGACUGAAGUUUUGCCAUGCUUCAUGUGAACAGAUUGGUAAAAGUGCUACUUCCUGUUUCUGAAAAAAACAACAGCAAAAUGUCUACAUUAGGUCAAAAACUAAAAGGUCUAGGGUUCAAUAUGGUUUCAGAAAAAACAUCAGGCAAGUGUUUUAAACUUUCUGAACAUUGUUUUCC